UCACAACCUGCCCUGUGUCCCAACAUCCCCCCCCUCCCUUCAUGGAGUCUUCUGCUUGUCCCCUACCACCUAUGCUUCCUUCUUUUGUGCUCCAGGAGAUCAGGAUGGUGGGUGAAUGUCAUGCUGGGGACCUCAUGGUGCCCUUAGGCCCCCGGCUGCAGGCAUAUCCUGAAGAACUCAUUCGACAGCGGUCUGGACAUGACGGGCAUCCUGAAUACCUGAUCCGAUGGAGUGUUCUGAAGUGUGGAGAAGUGGACAAAGCAGGUGUGGAGGAAGGCAAGGCAGAACACAUCCUCAUGUGGCUGUCAGCCCCCGAGGUCUAUGCCAGCUGUCCCAUGCUGCUUGGUGAACCAGCGCUGUCUAAGGGACCUCAGAACAAGCUGGCCGGGGCUUCUGGAAGUUUUGCCCGAGACCCAGGAGGCCUGGAUGAAGUAGCCAUGGGCGAGAUGGAGGCUGACGUACGGGCGCUGGUGCGCAGGGCUGCCAGGCAGCUGGCGGAAGGUGGAAGCUCCAACCUCACAGCUGCCGUGCUGCACACCAUUCAUGUGCUGAGUGCCUACGCCAGCAUCGGGCCGCUCACCAAGGUCUUCCGGGAGACGGGAGCCCUGGAUCUGCUCAUGCAUAUGCUGUGCAAUGCUGAGCCUCAGAUCCGCCGGAGUGCGGGCAAGAUGCUGCAGGCUCUGGCCGCUCACGAUGCGGGGAGCCGGGCUCAUGUGCUUCUGUCGCUGAGCCAGCAAGAUGGCAUCGAGCAACACAUGGACUUCGACAGCCGCUACACUCUGCUGGAGCUGUUUGCAGAGACCACGUCCUCGGAAGAGCACUGCGUGGCCUUUGAGGGCAUUCUUCUGCCGCAGAUCCCAGGAAAGCUGCUCUUCUCACUGGUGAAGCGCUACCUUUGCGUCACCUCCCUGCUGGACCAGCUAAACGACAGUCCAGACCCGGGAGCCUGCAACCAAAGCGCCCUGGGCCCCACAAGGCAGAAAAACCGGGGCCAGCGGGAGCUGGAGUUCGGCUUGGCUAUGGGCAGCCUCAUCUCAGAGCUGAUGCGGAGCAUGGGCUGGACUGGGCACCUCAGUGAGCAGGUCACACUGCCACCCCGGCCCACCAAGUCCAUUUUUCAACCCUGCCUUUCCUGCCCUCCCCUGCUCCUCCCCACCAUCGUCACCACCCCUAAGAGGCCAGAACGGGCCUUCCGGCAGCGUGUGGAAUUCUCCAGCCUCAGCGGCUACGGUGAGUACGUGCAGCAGGCUCUGCAGCCGGGGAUGCGUGUGCGGAUGCUGGAUGACUAUGAGGAGAUCCGUGUUGGGGACAAGGGCGAGUUCCGGCAGAGCAACAGCGGCAUGCCACCUGCGCAGGUCUUUUGGCAGUCAACGGGCCGCACCUAUUGGGUACCUUGGCACAUGCUGGAGAUCCUGGGCCCUGAGCAAGCUUCUGGGGAUUCGGCCUCUGCAGCCGUGCAGAAGGGGACAGGAGCCGCUGUCUCAGGCACAGCACUUCCCACGUGGGACUGGAAGCCUGUGGAUGGGCUCUACUCUCUGCCCUACCUCCAGCCUGAACCCCAGCAGAGCGAGGAGGUGGGGCACCUGACCAAGGCAGAGUGGUGGGAGCUGCUCUUCUUCCUAAAGAAAUUGGAUGCAAGUGAGCAGCAGCCAAUUUUCCAGAAUAUCCAGGAGAAACUGGAUAAGGUACUAGAGACGCUGAGGGGAAAGACCCUGGGGGACUUGUCCGUGCCUGUUGAGAUGGCAGAAGACCUGCUGCGCACCCUCGCUAACCGCUUUGAGGGCCAUACCCUCAGUGAGCUGCUCAGCUCCCAGGUCUAUGCCAAGUACAGGCUCCCAGCUGAAGAGCUGAGCAGCUCUCUGUCUUCCCGGAGUCACUGCCGGACCCCAGAUCCAGGAGAGGACUGCCGGGUGGAGGCCAGCUCCUCGGAGGACGAGGCUGAGCCUCACAAAGCAAAGGCUGAGCUCCCCGAGGCAGAGACCCGGCCCGCCAAGGCCAAGGCCAAGCCCCUGGUGGCACAGAGCGACUCCCAGCUAUUUAACCAUCUUCUGGUGACUGAGGGCAUGACCCUGCCCCCUGAGGUGAAGACAGAGGCCAAUGUAAUGGCAAGAGCCCUGCAGGGUCCUGGCCCACGCAGCUCCCUGGAUCGGCAUGUGGUGGCGGUCGUGGCCACCGUGCAGAUAUCCAGCGUGGACACAAACCUGCAGCUUUCAGGGCUGUCAGCCCUCUUGCAGGCUGUGGAGGAGGCCACUGAGCAAGACCAUCCUCUGGUCCGACCCGACAGAUCACUGAGAGAAAAGCUAGUGAAGACGCUAGUGGAACUGUUAACCAACCAGGUGGGAGAGAAGAUGGUGGUGGUGCUGGCCCUGCGACUCCUCUACCUGCUCAUGACCAAGCAUGAGUGGCGUCCGCUCUUUGCCAGGGAGGGCGGCAUCUACGCUGUGCUGGUUUGCAUGCAAGAAUAUAAGACUUCCGUUUUAGUGCAGCAGGCAGGACUGGCGGCCCUGAAGAUGCUGGCCGUGGCCAGCUCCUCGGAGAGCCCCACUUUCAUUGCCAGCCGUGGGCCCAUCCAGCCUUUGUUUGAUGCCCAGAUGACAAGAGAGAUCUUUGCCAGCAUCGACUCGGCCACCCGCCCAGGCUCUGAGAGCCUGCUCCUUACCAUCCCUGCAGCUGUAGUCCUGAUGCUGAACACAGAGGGGUGCUCUUCUGCAGUGAGGAAUGGGUUGCUCCUGCUCGACCUGCUUUUGUGUAACCACCACACCCUGGGAGACCAGAUCAUAACCCAAGAGCUCAGAGACACUUUGUUUAGACACUCUGGGCUAGCACCGGGGACGGAACCCGUGCCUACCACACGUACCAUCCUCUCGAUGCUUCUUAAUCGCUACUCAGAGGCACCUGGCAGCCCCGAGCACACAGCAGUGGAGACCUCCAGCACCCAGAGCCAGGAAGGGACCCCUGAACUGCUGAUGCGGUCCCUGGUAGGGGGCCCAUCCACGGAGCUGCUGCUGGACCUGGAGCACGUGCUGUGCCACGAGGGCAGCCCAGGGGAGGCCGUGCGGCCCCUCCUCAGGCGCUUGCAGCAAGAGACCCAGCCCUUCCUCCUGUUGCUGCGCACGCUGGAUGCCCCAGGGCCCAACAAAACUCUGCUGCUGAUUACUCUGAGGGUCCUGGCCCGACUGCUGGAUUAUCCCGAGGCAAUGGCCCUCCCCUGGCAUGAGGUCCUGGAGCCCUGCCUCAGCUGCCUGAGCGGGCCCAGCAGUGACUCAGAGAUUGUUCAGGAGCUGAUCUGUUUCCUGCACCGGCUGGCCUUGACACAUAAGGACUAUGCGGUUGUGCUCUGCUGCCUGGGAGCCAAAGAUACCCUCUCCAAAGUCCUGGACAAGCACCCGGCCCCGCUGCUGCUGGGCUGUGAGCUACGGGACCUGGUGGCAGAGUGUGAGAAGCAUGCCCAGCUCUAUAGCAGCCUCACCUCCAGCAUCCUGGCGGGCUGCAUCCAGAUGGUGCUGGGCCAGAUUGAGGACCACAGACGGACCUACCAGCCCAUCAACAUCCCCUUCUUUGAUGUGUUCCUCAGACAUCUCUGCCAGGGCUCCAGUGUGGAAGUAAAAGAGGACAAGUGCUGGGAGAAGGUGGAGGUGUCCUCCAACCCGCACCGGGCCGGCAAGCUGACGGACCGCAACCCCAAGACCUACUGGGAGUCCAACGGCAGUGCUGGCUCCCACUUCAUCACCUUGCACAUGCAUCGUGGUGUUCUUAUUAGGCAGCUGACUCUGCUGGUAGCCAGUGAGGACUCCAGCUACAUGCCAGCGAGGGUGGUAGUGUUUGGGGGCAGCUGUGCCAGCUGUGUCUUCACUGAGCUCAACACGGUGAAUGUGUCACCUUCUGCCAGCCGUGUGGUUCUGUUGGAGAACUUGACCCGCUUCUGGCCCAUCAUCCAGAUCCGCAUCAAGCGCUGCCAGCAGGGUGGUAUCGACACCCGGGUCCGGGGUGUGGAGGUUCUGGGCCCUAAGCCCACUUUUUGGCCACUGUUCCGGGAGCAGCUGUGUCGCCGUACGUGUCUCUUCUACACAAUCAGGGCACAUGCCUGGAGCCGGGACAUAGCAGAGGACCACAAGCGCCUCCUUCAGCUCUGUCCCAGACUGAACAGGGUAUUGCGACAUGAGCAAAAUUUUGCGGAUCGCUUCCUUCCUGACGAUGAGGCCGCCCAAGCACUGGGCAAGACCUGCUGGGAGGCCCUGGUCAGCCCCCUGGUGCAGAACAUCACCUCCCCCGAUGCCGAAGGUGUCAGCUCUCUAGGCUGGCUGCUGGAUCAAUACUUGGAGCAGAGAAAGAGCUCGCGGAGUCCCUCAAGCCAAGCAGCAUCCUUCACUUCCUGCGUCCGUCGCCUCUGUCGCUUGCUGGUGCAUGUGGAGCCACCCCCGGGGACUUCCUUGGAGCUGCCCACUCGGCCCUUCAGCAAAAACAGUAAGGGUCAGGACCGCAGCCCCACACCAUCGCCAGUCCUCCCAAGCAGCAGCCUGAGGAACAUAGCCCAGUGCUGGUUGAGCGUGGUGCAGGAGCAGGUCAGCAGAUUCCUAGCUGCGGCCUGGAGAUCCCCAGACUUCGUGGCUCGUUACUGCAAGCUCUACAAGCACUUGCAGAGAGCAGGCUCUGAGCUGUUUGGGCCGCGGGCCGCUUUCACACUGGCCCUGCGCAGUGGCUUCUCUGGCGCCUUGCUGCAGCAAUCCUUCCUCACGGCUGCUCACAUGAGCGAACAGUUUGCUAGGCACAUUGACCAACAGAUCCAGGGUGGCCUGCUUGGUGGAGCUGCUGGAGUGGAAAAGCUGGAGCGACUUCAGCAACACCUGGAGCCCAUCAUGGUCCUGUCUGGCCUGGAACUGGCCACCACUUUUGAGCACUUCUACCAGCACUACAUGGCGGACCGUCUCCUGAGCCUGGGCUCCAGCUGGCUGGAGGGGGCCGUGCUGGAGCAGAUCGGCCUGUGUUUUCCCAACCGCCUGCCCCAGCAGAUGCUAAGGAGCCUGAGCACCUCUGAGGAGCUGCAGCGCCAGUUCCACGUGUACCAGCUCCAGCAGCUUGAUAAGCUGCUCCUGGAGCGCGAGGGUGAGGAGGAAUGGGGACCGGCAAAAGAGGAGGUAAGAGAGGAAGAGGAGACUGAGAAGGAACCAUUUCCUGAAGAUCCCCAUCCAUUGAUUUCCAUGCUGGUCCUGUCACCUCGAUGUUGGCCAGUGUCCCCACUCUGCUAUCUGUACCAUCCCAGGAAGUGUCUUCCCACCAAAUUCUGUGAUGCCCUGGACCGGUUCUCCAGCUUCUACAGCCAGAGUCAGAACCACUCCGUCCUGGAUGUGGGACCGCAUCGACGCCUGCAGUGGACGUGGCUGGGCCGGGCUGAGCUGCAGUUUGGGGACCAGACCCUGCAUGUGUCCACCGUGCAGAUGUGGCUACUGCUGAAUUUCAAUCACACAGAGGAGGUGUCAGUACAGUCCCUGCUGAAGCACUCAGAUCUCUCUCCAGAGCUGCUGCUCCAGGCAUUUCUGCCCCUCACCUCUGAAAAUGGCCCUUUGACCCUGCAGGAAGGUCCAGACUUUCCACCACAGGGUGUGCUGCAGCUUCGUGAGCCCAGGUCUUGGGCCAUUGGGGAGGCCCUGUGGCUGAUACCUCCUCAGAUGUACCUGGACGUGGAAAAGGAUGAGGGGCGAACCCUGGAACAGAAGAGGAACCUCCUGAGCUGUCUCCUUGUCCGUAUCCUCAAAGCCCACGGCCAGGAAGGCCUUCACAUUGACCAGCUGGUUUGUCUGGUGCUGGAGGCCUGGCACAAGGGCCCAAAUCCCCCCAGCAGCCUGGGCCGUGCCAUAGCUGGGGGCGUGGCCUGUAGCAGCACGGAUGUCCUUUCCUGCAUUCUGCACCUCCUGGGUCAGGGUUAUGUGCAACGAUGCCAUGAUCGUCCUCAGAUCCUGAUGUAUGCCACCCCUGAGCCCUCCGGGCCCUGCCGGGGUCAAGCGGACAUCCCCUUCUGUGGCACCCAGAGCGCUGAGGCCACCAAGCCCAGCCCAGAAACUGUGGCCGCUCUGGCAUCUCUGCAGCUGCCCACAGGCCAUACCCUGAGCCCCCAGGAGGUGGAAGGAUUGAUGGAGCAGAUGGUGCAGCAGGUGCAGGAGACACUGAACUUAGAGGCAGAUGUGGCACAGCACCUGUUGGCCCAUUCCCACUGGGGUGCCGAGCAGCUGCUGCAGCGCUACAGUGAUGACCCUGAGCCGGUGCUGCUGGCAGCGGGACUCCGCGUACCCCAAGCCCAAACAGCCUCCACACGUCCUGACCACUGCCCUGUCUGCAUCAGCCCCCUGGAGCCGGAUGACGACCUGCCCUGCCUCUGCUGCAUGCAUUACUGCUGUAAGUCUUGUUGGAGGGAAUAUCUGACGACUCGGAUUGAGCAGAACCUUGUGCUGAACUGCACCUGCCCCAUCGCCGACUGCCCUGCCCAGCCCACUGGAGCCUUCAUCCGCACCAUCAUCUCCACGCCGGAGGUCAUCUCCAAGUACGAGAAGGCAGUCCUGCGUGGCUACGUGGAGAGCUGCUCCAACUUGACCUGGUGCACCAACCCCCAGGGCUGUGACCGCAUCCUGUGCCGCCAGGGCCUGGGCUGCGGAACCACCUGUUCCAAGUGUGGCUGGGCCUCCUGCUUCAACUGUAGUUUCCCCGAGGCGCACUAUCCCGCCAGCUGUGGCCACAUGUCUCAGUGGGUGGAUGACGGCGGCUACUACGAUGGCAUGAGCACAGAGGCCCAGAGCAAGCACCUGGCCAAGCUUAUCUCCAAACGCUGCCCCAGCUGUCAGGCUCCCAUCGAGAAGAAUGAGGGGUGCCUGCACAUGACUUGUGCCAAAUGCAACCAUGGAUUCUGCUGGCGCUGCCUCAAGCCCUGGAAGCCGACCCACAAAGACUAUUAUAACUGCUCUGCCAUGGUGAGCAAAGCAGCCCGCCAGGAGAAGCGGUUUCAGGACUUCAAUGAGAGGUGCACUUUCCAUCACCAGGCCCGGGAGUUCGCUGUGAACUUGCGGAACCGGGUGUCUGCCAUCCACGAGGUGCCCCCACCCAAAUCCUUCACCUUCCUCAACGAUGCCUGCCGGGGACUUGAGCAGGCGCGAAAGGUGCUGGCCUACGCCUGUGUGUACAGCUUCUACAGCCAGGACACAGAGCACAUGGAUGUGCUAAAGCAGCAGACUGAGAACCUGGAGCUGCACACCAACGCCCUGCAGAUCCUGCUGGAGGAGACGCUGCUGCGGUGCCAAGACCUGGCCUCCUCCCUGCGUCUCCUGCGGGCUGACUGCCUCAGCACGGGCAUGGAGCUGCUUCGGCGCAUCCAGGAGAGGCUGCUGGCCAUCCUGCAGCACUCCUCCCAGGAUUUCCAGGUUGGCCUGCAGGGCCCGUCGGUGGAGACCCGGGAGGCCAAAGGACCCAACAUGCCUGGCAACCCGCCCCCAGGUUCUUCGGGGCUGCAGGAGGAGGAGGAAGAGGAGGAGGACGACGAAGACGAUGUGCCUGAUUGGCAGCAGGACGAGUUCGAUGAGGAAUUAGACAAUGACAGCUUCUCCUAUGAUGAGGAGUCGGAGAACCUGGACCAAGGCGCCUUCUUCUUUGGCGAUGAGGAAGAGGACGACGAUGAGGCCUAUGACUGAGGGGAGGCAGGGGGUGGGAGAGACGUGGGACACUCCUGGAGUGGUGCCACCACAGUCCUGGGGCUUUGGACACCUGCUGUGGGGGAGGGGCUGCCCGCGCCACAUCACCCUUCUCUGU